AUGGAUCCGACAUUGAGCGCGCGUCCCGAUGAUGCCCUACCGAAUCCAGGAAAUAGUCCCGAAUAUCUGCGCCCUCGUACACAAUCCAACGCGCGUACACGUCUUCUCGCUCUGCCUGCAGAGGUUCGCGAAAAUAUUUACAAUUUUACCCUCGUUAGCAGCAAUGAGGUCACCGUCGACAAGAAAUGCGUCAGGUUCGACAAGGCACCAGCCCCCCACGUCCUCGCCUUACUGAGGACCUGUCGACAAAUCUACAUUGAAUCGCGUCUGGUGUUUUACUCCGGAAAUAAUUUCAAAUUUCCCUACGAAGUCUUCCUGCGCUGCUACCGGUCCAAGAACUGCAUGCUAUCGCGCGAACAACUGGAAACUAUCCAGAGCGUUGUCUUCGGCCAGGCACGGCUUUACUACUGGUCCGGAACAGAGUGGGAUUAUCCCUGGAUGGCGGGUAGGAAGAUCUUUCCGAACUUAAAGAAGGCUGUGUUGCGGGGUCUUGAUCCAAAGCAAAUCUUAGAGCGUGAUACUGUGGUGGGAGGGAGUGUCACUUGGGUGAAAUACCUUGACAUCCAGAAGGGCAUCAAGUUUGAGGUCAUCAUCGAAGAUCAUUCAUAG